CGUUGCUAGCGAAACUGCCACGAGAAGAUCCAGCUCCUGAUUUAAACAACUCAACUGCAAGGAAUGGCCAAGCUGUAGGGACGCACACUGGGGUGCGUCUACCACAAAUCUCGCUACCGGAGUUCGAUGGCGACUUCAAAGGAUGGCUGUCGUUUAAAUCUACAUACGUUUCGCUGAUCCACGAGUCCGGAGAACUUAGCGACGUCCAGAAGUUUCACUACCUCAAGUCGGCGCUCAAGGGGGAAGCGGCUAAGCUCAUCGAGUCGCUUACACUCACCAACGAAAACUAUCCCAUCGCUUGGGAUACGAUCACGAAGCGGUACUCCAAUGAGUAUCUUCUUAAGAAGAGGCAUCUGCAGGCGCUUAUGGAGUACCCAAGGGUAGAAAAGGAGUCGUCAUCUGCUAUUCAUGCUCUGGUUGAUGAAUUUGAUCAGCGUUUGAAGAUCCUGAAACAGUUAGGAGAGAAGACUGAACAUUGGGGUGCAAUGAUCGUGCACUGGAUGUGUUCGAAACUGGAUACGAAGACGCUUCAGCUAUGGGAGGACCAUGCAGCAUCAACAAACGAUCCGACUUAUACGAUUCUGGUGAACUUUCUGGAGAAGCGGACAAGGGUGUUGGAGGCGGUAUCAUCAAACGUCGAGGUGAAGGGCAGUUCGCAUAAGGUGGAAGUUAGGCGUCAAAAGGUGGUCGUUCAUUCCGCAACCGAUAGUGAUAGGAGUAGUUCAGCAUGCUGCUGUUGCGGUGAUUCACAUUUCUUGGGCCGGUGUGGCAAGUUUACGAAGAUGACCUUGAAGGAGAAAUUGCAGUUCGUUAACGGCAAAAGGUUGUGUAGCAAUUGCCUAAAGUCAGGGCAUUGGGUACGUGACUGCAAUUCAAAAUUCAGCUGUCGAGACUGCGGGAAAAAGCAUAAUUCACUGAUCCAUCCAGGAUUUCCUCUGAGCAGUAGCGGUGCCGGAAACAGCGAUCAAUCGGGAUGCAAAUCGGAGCGCAAGCGGAACGAUAAGGCGGUAGCGACGAACCUAGCGACCAACGAGGAUGAAUCUGAAGAAGAAGGAGACAGCGACGAUCAAGAAGCGGUUGGAACAUACAGCGUAGGGACUAAGGGCGGUAGAGUCUCGAGCGUAAUGCUGUCUACUGUUGUACUUGUCAUACGGGACCAGCACGGAGGAAAACAGUUGGCGCGAGCAUUGCUCGACAACGGAUCGCAAGCGAACAUCAUGAGCGAGCGGUUAUGUCAGAUGCUCAGCCUAAACCGGCGCAAAAUAAACUUACCGAUUAGCGGGAUCGGUCAUUCGGAAACGCGAGCGAGAUUCCAGGUGAAAACCACAGUUAGCUCCAGAGUUCAAGACUUCUCCGUGGGGAUGGAAUUUCUAGUUCUGCAGAAGGUUACGUCGGAAUUGCCAUCGGCACACAUACCUGUGGCGUACUGGAAGAUUCCUAAUGAUAUUCAGCUGGCUGAUCCGAACUUCAAUAUAAGCAAUCGGAUCGAUCUCUUGAUAGGAGCAGAGCACUUCUAUCGUUUCCUGUUCGAGAGAGAUAUGAAACAGAUCAAGUUGGGACCAGGGCUGCCAAUGCUGGUCAACUCAGUAUUCGGUUGGAUCGUCACGGGGAAGGUUUCGGAAGCUCCGAGUAAGGCAGUAAGCUGUUGCUUAGCGGCAACUCCGGAUAACUUGGAAGUACAGUUGCAGAAGUUUUGGGAGAUCGAGAGUAAUGAAGAACGAGCGGCUUGGUCAAAGGAGGAACAGGACAGCGAAGAUCAUUUCUUGAGAACAUUCAGCCGUACGGAGGAAGGUCGGUACGUCGUACGUCUACCUAAACACGUGAAUUUCGAGCAGAUGUUGGGCGACUCUCGCGCAAUGGCGCUAACGCGAUUCAAGAGAUUGGAAAAGCAACUGGAGAGGAAUCCGGAGAUGCGGUUGCAGUACAAUGCAUUCAUGCAAGAAUACUUGGAUCUUGGGCAUAUGAGAGAAGUCAGUGGAGAUGAAAUUCAGAAGGAGGCAGCGGCAACGAGUGCGAAGAGGGUGUACUACUUGCCACACCAUGCAGUGCUUAAGGAAUCAAGCACCACUACAAAAGUACGCGUCGUCUUCGAUGGUUCGGCCAGCACGGACAGUGGUUAUUCCUUGAAUGAUGCGCUACUGAAAGGCCCUCUAAUUCAAGACGAACUCCUCAGCCUUCUUCUACGUUUCCGGAAGUAUGAAGUAGCACUUGUUGGCGACGUAGAGAAGAUGUACCGACAAGUAUGGCUACACGUUGAAGAUACCUUGUUGCAACGCAUAUUCUACCGAUUUUCUCCAGAUGAACCUAUUAAAGUUUUUGAGUUAUCAACGAUAACUUAUGGAUUGACACCUUCGUCAUUCUUAGCGAUUCGUGCUCUACAUCAACUUGCGGCAGAUGAAGGAGAGGAAUACCCGGAAGCUGCCAAUGCUGUAGUGAAGGAUUUUUAUGUGGACGAUUACAUCGGUGGAGCAUCCAGCGUAGACGAGGCCAUCCAGCUUCAAAAGGACCUUGAUACGCUAAUGAAGAAGGGUGGAUUUCCUUUACGCAAAUGGUGUUCCAAUCGGCCGGAAGUUCUGACUGGCAUCGCGGCCGACCAACUUGGGACAAAUUUAUCUAUUUCAUUCGAAAUAAGUCCAGAGGAACAGGUGAAAACCUUGGGAAUCACCUGGGAGCCUGGAACGGACCAAUUACGAUUCUACUAUGACAUCACAGCAAGCAAGCAAGCGUGGACGAGAAGACGCAUCCUGUCGUCUAUAGCCAAACUAUUUGAUCCGCUGGGACUGAUAUCACCGGUGAUUGUUGUGGCAAAAAUGCUGAUGCAAGAGCUCGCUCUGCUCAACUCAGGAUGGGAUACGCCUGUUCCGGUCGACAUCGAAAGGAAAUGGAAAGCAUUCCACUCACAGUUGGGCAAAAUAUCGGAACUACGAAUCAGUCGAUUUGCUUUCGUUUCCAAUUGGGUGGAUAUUCAGUUUCACUGCUUCGCUGACGCUUCUACUCUUGCCUACGGUGCGUGUUUAUACGUACGGACGACGGAUGAAGCAGGAAACGUUCGAAUCGAGCUGCUUUCUUCAAAAUCACGCGUUGCUCCACUCAAAAGAUUGACCUUACCAAGACUUGAACUUUGUGCCGCCAAGGAAGCUGCACUACUACACUCGAAGGUGGUUAAGGCUCUCUCCUUGGGAAAUGUACGUUCGGUUUUCUGGUCGGACAGUACGAUUGUGUUACAUUGGCUACGAACUCCUCCUAACACAUUACAUACGUUCGUGGCUAACAGAGUGUCGACGAUUCAAACCUCCACUUACACACAUUCUUGGCGGUAUAUAGCGGGAAAGGAGAACCCUGCUGACUUGGUUUCUCGCGGAAUGGCUAUUGAUGAUUUUCUACAUAGCCAGCUAUGGAAACAAGGACCCCCAUGGUUGAGUAGCAACGAAGAUGCGUGGCCCAAUUCUUUAGAGGACUACAGCAUCCCCGAAAAACUGUUGGAAACUCGCAAGGCUGUUCACAAGGUCACAGUCACGGAACCACCCAACGAGCUGUUCAGCUUGCGUUCUUCAUUACCUCCUCUACUUCGAAUCGUCGCUUACUGUCGUCGUUUUGCCUACAACUGUCGCAACUCAACUGAUAGAAAAAGCUCGACCACUCUCGCACCUGAUGAAAUACAAUCAGCGAAGAUGACGCUGACCCGUAUCGCACAGGCUGAACAAUUCCCAGACGAACUCAAAGCUCUACAACAACAGAAACGAGUCGACUGCAAGUCUAGCCUCAAGAGACUAUUCCCCUUUCUCGACAAUAGCGGAGUCAUCAGAGUUGGGGGACGGCUACGUUUCUCAAAUGAAGGUUAUACGGUCAAGCAUCCUGCUGUUUUGCCAAGUCAUCACCCAUUAACGAAUCUCGUUAUAAACUUCUUCCACUACCAGAAUUUCCAUAGCGGUCCACAAUUUACAUUGUCCGAAGUACGCCAAGAGUUUUGGCCCAUACAUGGUAAGCGUAUUGUCAACACCGUGCUUCGGCAAUGCGUUCGCUGUUUCCGCACCAAUCCAACGCCUAUCCAGCAGCCCAUGGGACAGCUACCUGCCGGUCGCGUACGCCCGGGACGACCGUUUCAGAUAACUGGCGUUGAUUAUUGUGGGCCGUUCUAUCUUAAGCCGACCCGCCGAAAUGCAGCUCCCCCGAAAGUGUAUAUUGCAGUCUUUGUUUGCUUUUCGACAAAAGCAAUGCACCUCGAGCUGGCUAGCGACUUAUCUACCGCUAGUUUUCUCUCAGUAUUGCGAAGGUUCAUCGGCUACCGUGGAAGACCUGUUGAAAUACAUUCGGACAAUGCCAAAAACUUCUCAGGGGCCUGUAACGAACUAAAAGCGCUGUACGAACUGCUGAAUAACCAGAUUAGCUCUACCGUCAUCAGUAAGGAACUUUCUCAGCAAGGAAUUGAAUGGAAGUUCAUUCCACCACGCGCUCCUAACUUUGGAGGACUAUGGGAGGCCGCGGUACGCUCCGUGAAAACUGCGCUGAAGAAGGAGAUCGGCCUCCAACAGUUAAGCUACGACAACUUCGCCACGCUUCUAGUUCAAAUCACCGCCGCACUGAAUUCACGACCUUUAUCUCCUCUAUCUGACGACCCCACUGAAUUUGAAGCGCUAACCCCGGCGCAUUUUUUGAUAGGCUCAGCCAUGACAGCCCUUCCUGACCCCAACGUAAUGUCAAUUCCCACAAACCGCCUUGACCACUACCAGCAAAUCCAGCAAAUGUUUCAGCGCUACUGGCAGCGAUGGAGCAAGCAGUACCUCACGCAGCUACAGGUGAUAACGAAGAACCUGCCGAUCAACCCCAUCCAAAUCGGAGGAAUCGUCGUGCUACGAGAGGAUAACCUGCCACCACUUUGUUGGCCACUGGCGAGGAUCAUCAGCUCACACCCAGGCUCAGACGGAAUCGUGCGAGUAGUGACGGUGAAGACGGCGACUGGUGUGUAUAAGCGGGCAGUCAAUCGCAUCUGUCCAUUACCCAAUGAUGAUGUAGAUCGACGAACUACGAGGUCUUCAGGGCUGCCAGCAAUCUCGAGCUCUUAG